UUGACGGGAGACUGCAGGCCAUCCAAGCCCCUACCAGCCUCUUCCUGCGAGCCGAGACUCAAAGACGCCCACGAUGGUCGGUGAACAGCGCUUUGUAAUCAGUGCGCGCCUUAUCGGAGCCUUCCACUGGGACACGCCAAAACUCAAGAUGUUCAUGAUAUCUGUGUUAUGGUCUGAUGAGACUGAAGUUAUAAUAUACAGGUCCUUCCAGGAUUUCAAGAAAUUUCACAGGCAGCUGAAAAAGAGGGUCCCUCACCUGAGCCCCUUUCAGAAAAACAACAGAGUGAUCCCCAAAUUUACGAGAAACGCCAGGAGGAGCGGCAUUCAGCAGAAAGGAUCCAAGCGAUCUGUCCAGCGCAUGAAGUUUCUGGAGAGCUACUGCGACGAACUGCUCAAGUGCGACCAAACUGUGACUCGUACGUCAGAGGUUACACAGUUCUUCAUGCCUAAAGACCAGGACCUGCAGCCAGACUUCACCAAGAACAGCGUCAUGAUCCUGCUGUCCGAUGAUCUGCCUGAUGGAUCCGGUGGCGGGGGAGGGGUUGUUACUCGUCAGCAUGCAGGCAGUGUCACCCAACCGUUUGUCACCCAGACUUACCGCUGCGUGGCCGCUUACGAGACAAAGGACACCAAGAAUCGUCCAUUUAAGGUUGCUGUGGAUGAGAAGCUGGAUGUCCUGAUCAAAGACCCUGCAGGUUGGUGGCUGGUGGAGAACGAGGAUAAGCACCUGGCUUGGUUUCCUGCUCCCUAUCUGGAGUUAUUGGAAGGAGAGGAUGAUGAUGGCGCCGGAUUCCAGCAGGGAGGUGCCCUGUAUUGUGCCGUGAGGAGUUACUUGACUAAGAAGGAUGACGAGGUGUCUGUGCCCAUUGGCUCUGUGGUGGAGGUGCUGAGAAAAUCUGACAAUGGCUGGUGGAUCAUCAGAUUCAAUGGCAAGGCAGGUUACAUCCCCUCCAUGUACCUGCAACCAUUCAACAACCCACGAGCAGGCCUUUUCAGCCUGCAGAGAAAGCUGCAUAGCUCCACUCUUAACCUGGCAACCAGCGAGGAACCUCAGGCUUCUUAUUCACCCAGCAUCAACGACGAAACCAACCCAGAAAGGGAUCCUGCAGGUCAGUCCGACGGUGAGCCCAGUGUGUUUGGGCAGCUCCACAGGCCCCGAUCCCUGAAUGUUCUCUCUGAGAGCUGGUCGCCGGCACAGCCGGAGGGACAUGCCUUGACCUCAGACAGGCGUAUGCGCAGCAUGAGCAACACCAGCACCGAGUCCAGCCUCUCAAGCUACUCCUCAAACAAUGAAUCCGGCGAAGACAGCCCCGCAGGCUAUUCUGCAGCCUCACCCCAGCCUAAUGUCAGCAAUCUUAGCCUCUCAGACCACCAUGGCUCCAGCUCUAGCUUUGAGAGCUCUGGAUCGGUCAGGUCCGAAAGCAUUGAGGGGGCUCCAAAGGUGCCGCCCAGACCCAAGACUGAGGAGAUCCUGACCCGCUGCACAACUAUGACCCGCAAGGCAGCACUGGCCACCAAGACCCGGCUUCAGAUUCAGCCAGAGUCCCGUCAAAGCCGCUAAGGCUGACACUUAACACUACAAAUACUUGACUAAGUUAUAUUCUAAAUUGUAAUCUCCUGUUUAUUGAAAUCUCUUUGAUUUGAUUUGUAUUCAUGUAAAAUAUUUAACAUCUUCAACCUCCCUGAGCUUUCAAUGGGUCUGUCAGUCAAAUGUGUUUUGUGCAGUGUUGUUCAUACUUCUGUUUUAAAUUCUUGUGUUACCAAAGAUUGAAGAAAUAUCAACCUUAACAAGACAAAUGUAUACCGAUCUCAAUAAAAAAAAAUCAGGGAUCAAAUGGAGCAUGCAAUCUUGGGUAGGGUGAAUAUUUGACCAAUGCAUUUGAAUAAUGUAGCUUCAAUGAAGCGUUAAGAACAAGUUAAAGAAGAUGUAUUUGAACAUUUUUUUUUCAAGCUUUACAGCCACUUUAGGGGAAAUUUAAGUGGCUUGCUGGAGUUGAAGAGGUUAAAUAUUUACAAUGAACUGUAUUAUAUGUUUCUGUUAAGGGAAAUUCUCUGCUGCCGGUGAAGAAUGAAAUAGAGACUCCCGCCGGCCGACAAGGUUUUUAUUUUCUUUGCAAAAAAAAGGUCAAUCAACACACGAGCGGUCAAAAUGAAGAAAGACCCCAAGCAUGGGGAGAACUAAGCAUUUAUACCUGAGGAAUGCCCCUUACCCAAGAGUGUGUUUUCACACUCUUUGGUCUACUGUAGGUAUUGGUGCCGAGCUAGUGGGAGGUGGGGUAUCUCAAGUAGCUGAAACACAAGGAAAUUGAAAUUACAAUUACAGUUUCCCACCUUCCUCUUUAUUGCAGCUUAUAACAUGUAGAAAUCAGUGCAUGGCUACAAGUUCUGAACUGUUUUAUAAAAGGUGCAUUAUAACCCGUAGGAGUUUGC